CUAUGUCCAUAAAAUGAACAUAAAAAAUAUACAUUUAAACCGGAAGCACGUGUUGGCUUCCAAAAUAAAAGUAUUGCGUUGAUGAGAAACAAUAAUAAAAACAAAACUACGGUUAAUGCUAAGCUAACAUAAUUUUAUCUGUCUGACAAAGUUUGAAUUUCAAAAAUGCCACGAAAGAAAAUAGAUAACCGUAUACGAGUUCUGAUUGAAAAUGGAAUGGUUACUAAACAUAGAAGUAUGAUAGUGGUUGUUGGUGAUCAUGGCAAGGAUCAGGUUGUUAUUCUACAUCAUAUGUUAUCUAAAGCAGCUGUUAAAGCCAGACCAUCUGUGUUAUGGUGUUAUAAAAAAGAACUUGGAUUUAGCAGCAACAGAAAGAAAAGAAUGAGACAUCUGCAGAAGAAAAUUAAAAGUGGGAAACUUGAUGUUAAAGAGGAUGAUCCGUUUGAAUUAUUUGUUGCAGCUACACAGAUUAGAUAUUGUUAUUAUGCUGAAACACAUAAGAUAUUGGGUAACACAUAUGGAAUGUGUGUGUUACAGGAUUUUGAAGCUUUAACCCCCAACUUGCUAGCUAGAACUAUAGAGACAGUAGAAGGAGGAGGAUUAAUUGUUAUUUUAUUACGGACCAUGUCAUCUUUAAAACAACUCUACACAAUGACCAUGGAUGUUCACUCUAGAUAUAGAACAGAAGCUCAUAAUGAUGUUGUGUGUAGAUUUAAUGAAAGGUUUUUAUUAUCAUUAGCAUCAUGUAAAUCUUGUAUGGUGAUGGAUGAUCAGUUUAAUAUAUUACCUAUCUCUACCUUAACGUCAAAUAUAGAACCUAUCCCGCCUAAAUCAGCAGAUGAUCCAAUAAGUCCUAGUCAGCAAGAAUUAAAAGACUUACAGGAAUCACUACAAGACACCCAGCCUGUUGGUGCUUUAGCUAAUUGCUGCAAAACUUUAGAUCAGGCUAAAGCUGUGUUAAAGUUUGUAGAAGCUAUAUCAGAGAAAACUUUACGAUCAACAGUUGUUAUGACAGCAGCUCGAGGGCGGGGGAAAUCAGCGGCUUUAGGUAUCGCUAUUGCAACAGCUGUAGGAUUUGGAUAUUCUAAUAUUUUUGUAACAGCACCCAGUCCAGAGAAUUUGAAGACAUUAUUUGAGUUUAUAUUUAAAGGUUUUGAUGCCCUUGAAUACCAGGAACAUAUGGAUUAUGAGAUAGUUCAAUCUACAAAUCCUGAUUAUAACCAGGCUGUUGUUAGAGUUAAUAUAUUUAGAGAACAUAGACAAACAAUUCAGUAUAUUCAUCCGUCUGAUGCUCACAGAUUAGGACAAGCCGAGUUAGUUUGUAUAGAUGAGGCUGCUGCCAUACCAUUACCUCUAGUUAAAAAUCUUCUAGGACCUUAUCUUGUUUUUAUGUCUUCUACUGUUAAUGGUUAUGAAGGUACUGGAAGAUCUUUAUCAUUAAAAUUAGUUCAACAGUUACGUCAACAAUCAGCCACGUUUGGUGGAAAUAGUAAAGAAGUACAAAAAGCUGUCAGCAUGACGUCUGCUAAAUCCGAUAGUGGAGUAUCAACCUCAGGUCGUAUACUACAUGAAGUAGUAUUAAAUGAAUCUAUAAGAUAUGCUGAUAAUGAUCCUAUAGAAGAUUGGUUAUAUAAGUUACUAUGUUUAGAUGCUACAAAUGUACCUAGAAUUAUAUCAGGCUGUCCUUUACCAGAAUUAUGUGAUCUAUAUUAUGUAAAUAGAGAUACUCUUUUUGCUUAUCAUAAAGCUUCUGAAUCCUUCUUACAGCGACUCAUGUCUCUAUACGUAUCUUCACAUUAUAAGAAUACACCUAAUGAUCUACAGUUAUUAUCUGAUGCUCCAGCUCAUCAUAUUUUUGUUUUAAUCGGACCUGUUGACCCUAAACAAAAUUCAUUACCAGAUGUACUCUGUGUGUUACAGGUAUGUUUAGAAGGGGAGAUAAGUAAGAAGACAGUUAUGAAUAGUUUAUCACGAGGUAUGAGAGCAUCAGGUGAUUUAAUACCAUGGACAGUAUCACAACAGUUUCAGGAUCAUGAUUUUCCUAGUCUGUCUGGUGCUAGAAUAGUCAGAAUAGCAACACAUCCAGAUUAUCAAGGGUUUGGAUAUGGAGGUCGAGCUAUGAAAGUUUUACAGGAGUAUUAUGAAGGUAAAAUACAAAGUUUAACAGAAGAUGGUGCUAAAGAAGAACAAGAUAUACCUACUGUCGAUAAUGAGGACAUAGAUUUAUUAGAAGAAAGAUUAGCUCCAAGAAAAAAUCUACCUCCAUUAUUAUUGAAGUUGAGUGAAAGAAAGGCAGAGAGAUUGGAUUAUCUUGGUGUAUCAUAUGGUUUAACAUCAGAUCUUUUGCGAUUUUGGAAAAAAAGUGGCUUUGCACCAGUUUAUCUUCGACAAACACCUAAUGAAUUAACAGGGGAACAUUCUUGUAUUAUGUUAAAAAUUCUCAACUCUGAUGGUGGUACACAGACUAACACUGAUUGGCUUCAUCAUUAUUGGAAUGAUUUCCGGAGGAGAAUGGUUUCAUUGUUAUCAUUCCAGUUCCGUAAUUUCAAACCAGCAAUGGCACUGAAUAUUCUCUCACAAAAACAGUUCAAACAUAAAGAUCAGAGGGAACUUUCUCGUAGUGAAUUAGAGAUUUUCUUUACAAGUUAUGAUUUGAAGCGUUUAGAGUUAUAUUCACAGAAUAUGGUGGAUUAUCAUCUUAUAUUAGAUUUAUUGCCCUGUAUAAGUCGAUUAUAUUUUCUAGGAAGAAUACCCAUUUCACUCUCUGUAGUUCAGCAGGGUAUAUUAUUAGGUCUAGGAUUACAAUAUAAAACAGUAGAAGAUUUAGAGAAAGAGAUAGAUUUACCGGUCAGUCAGUUAUUAGCCCUCUUUCUUAGAAUUAUCAAGAAAGUGGUUCAGGUUUUUAGUGGCAUCUUGGAACAAGAAAUAGCUCAAGAAAUGGUGAAAGAAAAGAAGAUAGAUAUGAAACCAGUUAAACAGAGUUUAAACGACGACCUUAUGGAAGGAGCUGGUGUUGUCAUGGAGAGGGAAAAGAAAAAUUUUGAAAAGUUAUUAAAAGAUGAUUUGGGUGAAUUUGCUAUUAAAGGAACUGAUAAAGAUUGGCAACAAGCAUUAGAUUGUGGGAACAAAGAUACACUAAGUAUAAAAAGUGCUUUAAAAAGAAAACAAAAUAUAACAGAGGAUAUUAAACCUAAAGAUUUGCAUGGUAAAAAGAAAAAAUUCAAGAAGAAAAACAAACAGUGAUUGGUGAAAUUGGUGUAAAUAGUUUAAUGUAAAAGGAAAGUGUGUAUGGACUUGUUUACAAGUGAUACAAGCUUCUUGAAAAAUCUACCCAAGAGUCAAUUUUCAUGAAAAGAAAUUCAAUAAUUGAUUGUUGAAAAAUCAAAAUUUACCAACUAAUUUGUGGUCUUUUCUGUCAAAUAAAAUUGAUAUGCAUUUGCAGAAUCAUAUGACUGAAAAUGGAGAUAUUUAAUAAACUUCUUAAGAAUUUGUGGAAUGUUUAUUCUUUUUAUACACAAUAAAUAAGAAAGAACAUAAGCUGCUGAUGUAAAAAUGGAACUAUUACAUUGUAUACUAUAUAAAUGAAAAUAAAUAAAAUGAAAUCUAAACAUAAAA